UUUUCUCUUCCUUGUACUCUCUCAAACCCCAAAAUAACCUCUCUCUCUCUCUCUCCCUCCCUCCCUCUCCUCUCUCCCUCUCUCUAGAAUGAAGAGCCAAAACCCAAAUUCCAUCGCCUCCGAUCUCAAGGCCCUCAUCUCAGCAGCGAGAACAAGAAGAACCAAGCUCUUCGUCUAUGGCUUUGCGUUCGCCUUUGUAGCCUGCACUGCGUUCUUGGCCUUCAACCCAUCGACCAAUGCGUCCUCCCCUUGGUUCUACAACCUCUUCUCUUCUUCCUCGGCUUCAUCAUUCAAGGCCUCGAUCGAUCCCUAUCGAUCCCAGGUUUCCUCCCUCUUCUCCCACUUCUUCCCCAAUUCUUCGUCGUCGGUGGCCGAUGGGGUUGAUGGAGGAGGUGGGCAUUCUGAAGGUGGGAUUUUGGGAAGUGGGUCCGGGGUCAAUGGAUCUCAGAUAGAGAAUCAGACUCAGGUUGGAUUUGGGUCUGUAGAAAAUGGAGUUUUGCGGGAGAAUCAGACUGAUGGUGGGGUUUUGAAUGAGAAUUCAACAGAAACUGGCGGUGGGAGCGGAGUUACAGAGCAGAAACAGGGGAAUCCUGAGGUUGAGAUCAAGAAAGGUGAAGCUUCAGAGAGCAAGAACCAGACCGAUAAUGGAAGCGAGUCACAAGGAAUUGGAGCUUCAAAAGAGAAUCAAACCGCGAUUGGACCCGGAGGAAGUGAAGUUACAGAGCGAAAACAGGGGACCACUGAGGUUGUGAUCAAGAAAGGCGGAGUCUCAGAGAGCAAGAACAAGACCCAGGGCGAAACCGAAUCACAAGGAAUUGCAGUUUCAAAAGAGAGCCGAACUUCAACUAGUGAAGCCCCUUUGAAAUCUAAUGUAGAUCCGUCGAGUACCCAGAAAGAAUCCAAGGCCAAUUCUACGAGUUCGAUUGCGAAAACGAACGAAUCGAUGGAGCUGAGUUCAAAUGGGAGCAACGAGAAGAAGAAAGAGAAGCGGAUUGAAGAUAUGAUUGGUUGUGACUUGUUUCAUGGGCAUUGGGUGAAAGAUGAAUCUUAUCCUCUGUAUCCCGAGGGAUCUUGCCCUAAUAUUGACGAGUCUUUUAAUUGUUAUCGCAAUGGUAGGCCAGAUCGAAAUUAUCAGAAGCUACGAUGGCAGCCGACUGGUUGCAACAUCCCAAGAUUGAAUGCAACUGAUAUGUUGGAGAGACUGAGGGGGAAGCGCCUAGUUUUUGUUGGUGAUUCUCUCAAUAGGAACAUGUGGGAGUCUCUGGUUUGUAUCCUGAGGAACUCGGUAGAGGAUAAGAGCAAGGUUUUUGAGGUUUCUGGUCGUCGCGAAUUCAGAACGCUAGGGUCUUAUUCUUUCUUGUUUAAGGAUUAUAAUGCCACCGUGGAAUUUUUUCGUUCCCCUUUUCUUGUUCAAGAGUGGGAGAUGCCCGAUGGGAACGAGACGAAAGAAACUUUGCGUCUUGAUAUAAUUGAGAGAUCAUCUUCCAACUACAAGGAUGCCGAUGUCAUUAUCUUCAACACAGGCCAUUGGUGGACUCAUGAGAAGACCUCAAAAGGGAAAGGCUACUAUCAAGAGGGGAAUAGAGUCUAUGGUGAGCUCAAUGUUGUGGUAGCAUUCCAUAAAGCUCUCAAUACAUGGGCAAGGUGGGUAGAUGCCAAUGUGAAUCCGAAGAAAACCCUUGUCUUCUUCAGGGGUUUCUCUGCUGUUCAUUUCAGUGGAGGGCAAUGGAACUCUGGAGGGGCAUGUGACCGAGAGACAGAGCCGAUAGAGGAUGAGAGGUAUUUAUCCUCUUAUCCUCCAAAGAUGAAUGUUCUUGAGUCAGUGCUGAAAGAAAUGAAAACCCCUGUUUCCUUUAUGAACAUCACUAGACUUACCGAUUAUAGAAAGGAUGCUCAUCCUUCUGUCUACCGAAAGCAAAAUCUUACUGAAGAGGAGAGAAAAGACCCUUUAAGAUUUCAAGAUUGCAGCCAUUGGUGCCUCCCUGGUGUGCCUGAUUCAUGGAAUGAGCUAUUAUACGCCGAAAUAGUUUUGAGGCAAUAUCAAAUGAGUCAGUAAGUUGGAUAAACCCUGCAAAUAUUAAAUUCGUGGUUGUUUGUAUAUUGUUUAUAAAUCUCAAAGUACAAGAACAGAGUAACAAAGGAGAAAGAGAGCAGAAGAUGGAAUUUUCGUAUGGAGAAAGAAAGAGAGUUUCGUUGAAGAAGAAAGGUCUGGUUAUAGAUUUAUCCGUGUAUUAAAGAGGAAAAGGUUACUUGUUUUUGUUUGAUAUUUUCCACUUUUAUAAUAUUCUUUUAGCCUGUUCAGGCUUAUAAUGUAACUUUAGGUCUCAUACGAGAAAUUAAAAACUUAUUUGUGAAUAGAGAUAUAAAUUAUUGUUA